UUCCACAGGAACCUGCUGCUGCUGCUGCGCCCGCAGCCCCGCCGCGGCUGCUCCGGAGCCUUCGCCUCAAGGCCAGCAGCUCUCGCCUUGCUCCCGGGAAGGAGCUCGGGAAGCAGCCAGCUGGAUCCCCCAGCAUCCCCCGGAGGCUGUGCUGAUCCCGUGGGGAGCAGGAGCUCCGGGGAACUCGGCAUGAAAAGAACCUGAGCGACAUCCACAGCUCCAGCGCAGACCAGGCAGCUCCUGACACAAGUCACUGUGCUUGGAAGAAAGUUACUCCUUCAUUUAGGAAGAUUUCAGAUGCUUCACACUUGAUUUGCUUUUUUUGCCAGCACAAUGAAGGAAAUGUCCUGCUUCUGCUUGACUUUUUCUUCCUUGUUGGAACAGAUGGUGAAGGCUUACAAAUACGUGACGGGUAUUUUUUCAGUGACUCAUAGCUCAGAGCCACAGGUUUCAGAUGGUGAUAAGAAGCUCACCAGGAUGGAUGUAAGCAUGCUUGAGGAGCAGUAUGACCAUAUAAAACAGAAGCAAAAACUGCAACCACACAUUAUUUUAUAUAAAACAGGUGGACAUGAUUCUCUUCUGCCAGAAUCAAUGAUCAACCCUGUGCUAAUUAAUAAGAAAGUUAAAAGAUCAAAGUCAUGUAGAGGAGAUGUCCCUGUCAGAAAGGUCACACUGGAGACAAUGAACGGUGGCGACUCAGAAGAUGACUUGCUCUGGCGUGUCCACCUGGGAAGUCACCGCCUGGGGCAGGCCCUGGGACAAGGAGAUUCCUUGGAUCUCUCCCACUGCAAAGGCACACCAUGGAGUUUUGACAACCAGAGACUGAUUUCAAAGGGAAAUGGCACACCACAGACCAAGGAACCAGCAGGAGCAAGUGAACUGUCUGAGCUCGGGCAGCUGGGAAGCUCAAGCGUGUUGAACAGUCUCAGCAAAGAGAACGGCUGCAACAUUUCAAGCUCCUGCCAAAAGCCUCCUCUGAAAUCACCCACUGCAGCUCUUUGGGCACAUCAGCAGAUUUCUGCUACAAAAUGCAUGCCAGCCUGCAACAAACUGAACUUUUACCCUUUCCCAAAUAGGAAAGGGCCCAGAAUUUCUGAAGCUGCAAGGAGGCUUGGGUUGUAUGUCUCACAAUGAGGACAUUCAGUAAUACCGAAAACUUAGUCAAAACCUUGACUAAAACUUAAAAUAGCAAAGUAGCCCUUCUAGUUACACAGAUCAACCUACUGAGGGUUUACUACUAUUAUUAGCCACGGAAGAUUCUGACUAUAUAAUCUUUAAUAUUUUUACAAUUUUUAACAUAUGAUUUCAUCAUUCAAGAUAUUCAAGAUAAUUUCUGAUGUAUUUUUAAAUCAAUUAAUAAAACCUCUGCUCAUUUCUA